AUGGAUCAUUUGCUGUUCUGCUGCAGCUCGAACAGCUCGGAAAGUUCGGCAGUUGCAUCCUCCACGACCCUGCUGGCCACGGUGUCCAGUGUGAGCAGCACGGAAGGAAAUCGUGGCGGUGGCGGCGGAGGCGGAGGAGGCGCAGGAGGAGGAACGAUUCAUGGUCGAGGCCGGAGCAACUAUAGUGGCAACUGUGGCAUCGUGCGGAUUGGCGAAGUGUCCUCGACGUGUAGCGUCGGGUCGGCGGAUGACACGGUUCCGUCACCGGUGUACGUUCACACCGCCACCGAAUCGUCCAUAUCGAGCAUCGAUGAUCUCAGAGCGGAAGAGUAA